CUCCCCAGAAAGGAAGCGGAGUGUCUGCCUCCCCAGAAAGGAUCGGCUCCUCUGACCUGGCAUCCUCCACGCCUGCAAAAUCGAGAUCCAGGAGGCAAAGUGAGAGAUGGGUGGCCCCGAGACCCUUCUUGGCUUCCUGGACUUGCUUCUCAUUGUCUGGUUCAGCGGGACUCCCGGCGACGCUCACUCUCUUUCCUAUAACUUCACCGUCGACCUUCAGCCCAGACCUGGAAAGCUGUGGUGUGAGGUUCAAGGCCAGGUGGACGGAGAGGUUUUUCUCUCCUAUGAUUGUGGUCAUGCUAAGAUCAUAUUCACAAGUCUACUAGGAGAAGAAGUGAAAACCAUAAAGGCCUGGGAAAGACAGGUCGAAACACUCAGAGACAUCAGGGACUGGAUCAAGGACCAACUACACGACUUUGCACUGAGGAAACACAUAGCCAGAGACCCUCUCACACUGCAGGCCAGGAUGACAUGUUGCUGUGAGGAUGACAGACACAUCAGUGGAUCCUGGCAGUUUGGUUUGAAUGGACAAAUGAGCCUCCACUUUGAUUCGGAGAAUGGCCACUGGAGAGUGGAUCACCCUGGAGGCGGAUGGAUGAAGGAGAAGUGGGAGAGUGACAAAGCUGUGACCGACUUCCUGAAGAAGGUCUCCAUGGGAGACUGUCGGGCUUGGCUUCAGGCUUUCAUGGUGCACUGGGAGGAAAUGUUGAAGACCAUGGCAUCACCGACCACGGUCCCGCCUACAGUGCAGCCCACGGCCCCAGCCAUCAGUCACGUCACCAGGAUCACCCCUGGGGUUCUUGCCAUUUUUGUCAUAACGGGCAUCGUAGCCUGUAUCCUUUACAAGAAGAGGAGGCGGUGCUCCCAGGAAGCCCCUGACAGGUGCUCUGUCGGCCUCAGGAUUCAGUCUUUGUUUGGCUGCUUUUCUUCUCCUGUGUUCACUUUAGUUCCAGGAGGGCAGACCUUAGGAAUCCCAAAUCUGUCUACCAGUUAUAAUGACACGGUGGCUGCACCAUCUCGAGUCUCUUGUCGCAUCUGAUGAGCAUCCUCCUCAACAUCUUUAAUUUUUUCAAACCUAAUUUCUCUUGGUGCUGAGUGAUGGAAUCCCUGAACUGAAACUUUCAGUACUGGAACUAGAACACUUUCUAACACCAUACACAACAAUAAACUCAAAAUGGAUUAAAGAUCUAAAUGUAAGACCA